AUGACUAUGCGCCGGGAUAUUGUCAUACCAAUAAAACCAGCACAACCAGCGUCAAUGCAAGAAGUCUUGGAGAGAGUUCAUACAUUACAAGAAAGCAUAUGCCAACUUCGAGAUGAAAACAGAAAAUUAGAUCGAAUAAGGGAUCAAUAUUUAAUUCAUUUGAAGCAAUGCAUGAAAGAUCAAGAAAUAUUGAAAAACAUUCUUAAAACUCUUCGACAGCAAUUAGAUCAGCCGAAUUUCGAUCCAACGGAAAUUGAAAAACAAAGUGCUCAAAGAUACACUCCGCCGCAGCCAAAAAGCCAAACAGCCACGGCAUCUCAAUCAAAAAGAUAUGCACAAAGUGUGCCUGCCGCUCCCCAACAGAUGCCUGCACAAAUUCCCCCUCAGAUGCCUCCGACUCCCACACAAGCAAAGCCAGAAACACCUACUCCUCAGCCAGCUGAACAGCCUCCACAAGAUGCUCCACCACCAAGUAUCACGAAACAUCAAAGUUACUUAGGUGAAAACGACUUGAAAUUUAAAUACUCUCUCCAUACUGAUAAAAGCUCGAAUGUUCCAACACUUGGCGCAUGUUUCUCUCCAAAUGGAAAGUACAUCGGACUUACAAAUGGCCUUUCAAUUAUCGUUGUUUUGGCAGAAAAUGGAGAAGCAAUUUCCUCCGCAAUUCUUAAUACACCAGUUCAAACAGUUGUUCUGCAUAAGAAAGCAAUCAGAUUUUCACCGGAUAGCAAUACAAUCGCCUUCAGUGGCCACUUGAAUGAUGCAUAUCUCGUUCAAGCACAAAACUGCCAAGUUUUGAACUGCUUUCAAGGACACUCGCAGGAAGUAUCAGCCAUUGAAUUUUCUCCUAACGGAAAAUGGCUUAUAACUGGCGGCUAUGAUGGAACAAUCAUUAUUUGGAAUACAAAAACAUACGAAGUGAUCAAAAAACUCACACCACAACCAUCACCAAUAGUUUCGAUCGUUACAAACGAAGAUGCCGAUCUUUAUGCGAUUGGUUUCUUAAAUGGCUUCGUCGGAAUGUAUAAUGCAGAUUUCGACCCACCAAUGAACAGUUUCCAAGCACACGAAUCACCAAUUACAGAAAUUGAUCUAUCUCCGCUUACUCAACUUUUAGCAACUUCAUCAGAAGAUUCUACAGUCAAAAUAUGGAAUAUUAUGCGUGGCCCAGCAUCCUGCAAGCACACAUUAUCGUUCCAUAAGACUCCUAUUACAAAUAUUACGUUUAGUGCUAACGAUACGAUUAUUAUUUCCGCUUCUAGAGAUUCUUCAGUCAUUAUUCAGAAUUACAAGACAGAAACUAUUCUGUACACAAUUCAGAAUGCUCAUAGAGGAAAUAUUCUUGAAAUCGCUCAUAGCCCUAAGCAGAGGAUGUUUUUAAUGAGCGGUGAUGAUCAAUCACUUAGUGUUUGGGAAUAUGCUUCAAUAUAA